UUUUCUUCCUCCCUUUGAACCAUUUUUACACCACUACCUAAUCCAUGGCCAACCUUCACAGCCUCCUCAAGAUAUAUACACUUUUUCUAUCCAUCUUUCUCUUCUCUUUCACCAUUUCCUCAGCUUCAAUCCAUGACCUUCUCAGAAGCAGGGGCCUCCCAGCUGGGCUAUUCCCAAAGAAUGCUGUAAAAUCAUAUGAUCUUGAUCAACAUGGUCAUCUCCAAGUCUACUUGGACAGUCCUUGUGUUGCAAAAUUUGAGACAAGGGUGUUCUUUGACAGUGUUGUGAGAGCUAACCUUAGCUAUGGUGGAUUAAUUGGAGUGGAGGGCCUUUCUCAAGAAGAGCUGUUCCUUUGGUUGCCAGUGAAAGACAUCAUAGUUUAUGAUCCUUCUUCUGGUUUGAUCUUGUUUGACAUUGGUUUGGCUCAUAAACAGAUGUCUCUUUCUCUCUUUGAAGAGCCUCCUAUUUGUAGUCCUCAAGGAAAUGGAGGUGUGUUGAUGAAGAAGGAAGGAAGGAAAGAGACUGGAUUUCAGAUUGAAAGAUAUAAAGAUCUUGCAGUCAGUGGAAUCUGAUAUAUUUCCAAUUUUGGUGCUGUGUUCUUUCAUUUUGGCUUUGGCUUUGUCUCAAUUUGAGGAUGAUUGAAGACUUGAAGUUUGAUAAAGAAAAAGUGCAUUGAGGUUCUCAUUUAGGUGCUUGUAGGGUUGUAUAAAGUGGAAACUAACAGUAUAAAGUUUUGGAAAGAAACUGAGAAAAUUUUGAAAUCUUUUAAAUAAUACUUGCCUGUUAUAUUGAUAUAUCAUGAGUCAUGAAAUACCCAAAGCAGAAAUA